UUCCUUUGAUUCUUUUGCUCGUCACCGCGUACAGAGAACCGUAUCUGGUCGAACAAACAUCGUCGAACCCGACGAAGCAAUAGUUGCACGAAUUAAAUCCACUACAACUUUCGAAUAAUAACAUUUUACAGCGAAGUUAUCAAAAGACUCUAGUUACCAUCUUAAACACAAAAUCGAUCGUUCUGGUCACACCAGUCGCACUGCUGAAUUUUGCAACCGUGCAGUGACAUCGUACGGUGAGAAAAGUAUGAACUUCCAUACGGUCGGCGACCAUGUUCGCGUUGACAUAACCUAGAGUGCGCCAGUCGUCCGCCAUCAGCUGUUCCGUUGUUUCUAUAUUUGUCGCGUCGAAAGCGAUCUCGUGUUUUGCCAUGGCAAUUUUGUGACAAGAGUGCAAUUUUACGCCCGUAUCGAGAUAUUAUUGCCGUAGCCGUCUGAUAGUUGCAAAAAAAACACGCGUUGUCGACGUAAUUGCAGUUGUCGUUGUAAAUACAUCUGACACAGCGCCAAAAUUGUGCGGUCGAUGGAAUUUGAGUCGGUUCCUGGGCCUGAAUAGGUUAAGUUCGAAAUUGCAGCAGCAUAGGAGCGUACGUUUCCUGGCAACAAGAACAACAAGUAUCUUUCAACGAUCGUUCAAACAUGGCGGACUACUGGAAGUCGCAGGGCAGAAAAUUCUGCGAUUUCUGCAAGUGUUGGAUCGCCGACAACAAGCCUAGCAUCGAUUUCCAUGAGGGUGGAAAGAAGCACAAAGACAAUGUCAGCAAACGGCUCAAAGAGAUACAUAAGAACAGCGCGAAGCAGGCGAAGCAAAACAAGAAGAUGGAGGACGACAUCAGGAAGAUGGAGAGCGCAGCCAUGGCCGCGUACCUGAAGGACGUCGAGAACAACACCAGGGAUAUGACCGCCGAUAGGAUCAUCGAAGAGAAGAGGAAUAGAAGCGACGUGAGUAUAAGCAAUAACAGUGCGACAACGAUGAAGCUUUUGGAUCGGUCGAUGCAUUCUCGAUUGUUUCAGACACCGAGCGGAAAUCGUGCGACGACGAUCCCGGGAACAACGUCUGGUGUCAAAUGCAAAACUCAACAGUUUCUUCACGAGAUCGACCCGUGCGACCCGACCCUCUCGCGAACCAGCAGACAGUACCAACAGCAGCCCAGAGUUCCGGCAAAACCGGAAAACAAGGCCCAAGGAAAGAGCAAAGCUAACAAAGGGAAGGGCAAGGGGAGGAAAGCCCAGGAAGAGGAUCGUUCUGCGAAACCGGUGCGUAAGCUCUGGUACGAGGCGCGCAGUCCAGAAGGGUACACGUACUACUGGCACAUCGAAACGAACGAGACCGCGUGGGAUCCGCCCGAGGAGGGUUACAUGACGUUCGCCGAGCAAGAGGAGGAAGCUAGAGAACAGGCGCUUCAGGAGGAGCUCCUGGAACAGCUGAAGCAGGAAGAAGAGAUCGCGAACAAGGAGAUCCUCGAGGAGAAGCGAGCGAACGCGGAGCGAGAACGAUCGAGGCAGCUGAGGAAGUCGAGGUCGGAGAGCAACCGACUGGACGAGACAACGGAUACGGCGAGCGCGACGAGGGACGGGCAGAAGACUCGAGAGGAGAAGCGUGAGGAAGAGCAGCGACCUUACAGAAGGGAUUACAGCGGGUCGUGCCAAAAGUCGCAUCCUUAUGGAGCAUGGCAGACGGUCAGGGUCGUCGAGACGAAGCCAGUGGACUUGCAGCUGCCACGACUGCCCCAGAAGACGACCGCGCCGGUGGCGGCCUUCGACAAGGCGGAACCACCGCCCCCGCAGAGGACGUUCAAAGAGAAAACGGUGACGCGUGUCGACACGGGCGACAGCGACGGGGACUACGAACCGACCGCGUUCAAGAAACGGAAGAUCGGCAACAAAAAUGUACGAAAACGAUUAAACGAUGACUGAUGAUUA